UCUGCGGUUUGCACUCAUAGACUCUCCUUCUUCUACGCAUUCAAGAUGCAUCAUAAAUUCUUCUCAACUUUGCCACUUGCCUCCCUUGCAUGCCUUGCAGCAGCGACUCCUCUGGAAUCAAGAGAAGCUGCCCCAGGCCUCAUCGAGGAUUUGCUCACUGGCAUCCUCAACCCAAUCCAACAACUUAUCAAAGAUGUUUUGAGCGGUGUCAAAUCUGGUAUCAACGAUGAGAUUUCUUCGAAGCCCCUCAUCUGUCUCACAGCACUUGACUCUUGCUGUCCCUGGUACGAUGUAUCAGCUGAGCUUACAAAACUCUUCACCGAGACAAAUGGUGAAUGCAACGACAAUGCCCGAGCAGCUGUUCGCUUCGGCUUCCACGACGCUGGUGCGUGGGAUAAGGACUCUACUUUCGGUGGUGCCGACGGCUCUCUUAUGAUGGACUUUGGCGAGGAGAACAGAGCCGAGAACAACGGUCUCCAGAAUGUUCGCAAUGUUUUGCGUUCCGUCCAAGCCAAAUACAAGGUUGGCUAUGCUGAUCUAGCUCAAUACGCACACAACCAUGCUACCAUCACGUGCCCAAAGGGACCCAGAGUCAGGACCUUUGUAGGCCGCAAGGAUGCUACUCAAGCUGGACCCACUGGGUUGCUCCCAGACGUCCACGACAGCGCUGAUAACCUCAUCGCUCUCUUCCAGAGGAAAGGUUUCAGUGCUCAUGACCUUGCUGCCCUGGUUGGUGCUCACGCCACGGCUAAGCAGCGCUUCGUCGAUACCAGUGCUGCUGGAAUGUCCCUGGACACUACCCCGGGUGUGUGGGACGUCGAAUUCUACAACGACACGCUCAACAACAAUGCUGGCAAGAACGAGAAGAUCUUUGUGCUUCCUUCUGAUAAGGUCUUGUCUGUGCACCCCAAGGUCAGGGAUGAGUGGCUUGAGUUUGUGGGUGACCAGCCGCACUGGAAUGAGGAUUACGCCAAGGCGUACAUCAGGAUGAGCUUGUUGGGCGUGCAGAACUUGAAAGAUCUCAACGAGUGCACGAAGACGUUGCCCAAGAAGAAGAACGUCAAAUGA